UUGAUAUUUUUAAAGCGAGAAAGAGAGUUCUAGAAGCAGUCUAGUGCAGGAACAGAAAACGGUUCAUACGUUUGCGUUUCGAAUUAUUCAAUCUGCUUCAGUAAUUUUAUAAUCAUGGUUGUAUUUCGAAGUAUAACAGUGGAUGAAUACAAGAGUAAUUAUAUGACGUUUCAAUUGCUAUACGCGUGUCAUCGGACACCAAUCGGAAAAUGCCUCAUUGCCAUAACUGACACCGACGAAAGUGUGACGUACUUGAAAUUUAUUGACAAUGAAUACGAUGGUGAGGCGACUGCUCUCAAAGAUUUAAAAGCGAAAUGGCCUUUAACUCAAACAUUGAAGGAUACUGAUAAUAAAACAGAUGCUGUUAUCGCGAAAGUCUUUCAUCCCAAUUAUUCACAGCUUAAUUCUAUUCAUGUUUUCAUGAAAGGUACGAAAUUCCAAAUUAAAAUUUGGAGAUCUUUGACUGAAAUCCCUGGAGGAACGGUCACUACGUACGGGGAAGUCGCACGGAUGGCGGGUUGUGAUUCUAAAACUGCAAUAGCAGUAGGAAAUGCAUGUUCUAGGAAUUAUGUUGCCUAUAUUGUACCAUGCCAUCGUGUGGUAGCAAAAAACACACAUGUUUGUGGCAUCAAAAAUGCUUGGAAAAUUGAGCAAAAAGGAACUAUCUUGGAAUAUGAAAAACAGCUCUAUGCGUAAAUAUUGUAAAUUAAUGUAUGUCAUACAAGUACAGAGCAUAACAUUUAAUUAUUAUAAUAAAAUGUUAUAAAUUUGAUAUUUGCCAGUACAAUGAAUUCUAAAUACAGCCUAUAUCAAAUUUAUAAUACUCAACUUCUGUCUAA